GAUACCAUAAUCUUCAUUUGGGGAGGGCUGUUUUGGAUUUGGUUGCUUGUGUUGUGUGUGUGUUUUCCAGCUCUUCAUUCAAUUAAGUGUCAUCUUUAAGUGUGUUGAUGGAUUUGAUGUUUACCUAGAUGCAAUGAAAAACAUCUGUGUUUGCUAGUUUAUGUGAUAUGGAUCUUCUUGACUUCUCUGUCUUUUUUUCCAAUGGAAGAGAGGGAAAGCUCUGAACAAUUUGGUUUUUGGGCUUUGGGCUUUUCAAAGAAAGUAGUGAAAUGAAGGAUUUAGGAAAGAAAAGUGGUGGUGAUAUUUGGUAUUUUAUUUAUACCAAAAUUCUGAAAAGAACGAAAAAAACCAUAAACCCUAGUCUCAAUCUUCAUUUCGUUUUCACACAUUUCUCUCUCUUUCUCUCGCCGAUGAGGCCACUGCUCCAAGCCUCACUCCUCUAAAGCUUCCUUUUACUCAUUCCACAACGACGCCGUUUAGCUGGAUUUCCUUCUCUCUCUCUCCUUCCUUCCUCCCAGUGCGUACAUUACUGGUCGUAUAAUGGCGCUGGCUGUCUCUCCUUUCUCGCUAGGAGUACGAACAACAGCAGCUGAUCAUCUUAGAAAACAUUCCUCUGGUUCUCCUACACCUAUUAAAUCAAAGCCAAUAAUAAACAAAUCCUCCUCUUACGACAUCGUUUCACGUUCUAAUAACUCUACCUUUAACUCGAAUCGCCCAAAAGUUGUGUGCAGUUUUAGAUCUUUAUCAAACGAACAACCCAGGAGGUCUUAUUCAAUCCAGGCAUGCACUGAAGCCGGAGCACCGAUUGAAGAUUCUCCUUUGCUCAAGAAAGUUUGGGAUUUCGGACAUGUUUGGUUAAAAUACCUGAGGCCCUAUGCAAUAGUGGGAACAGUUGCGGCGUCCGUUUCUGUGUAUGGAAGAGUGAUGACUGAGAAUCCAGAUUUGUUUAGGUGGUCUCUUCUGAUGAAGGCAUUACCUGGCCUAUUUGCUAUAAUAUGUGGAAAUGCUUAUUAUAUUGGUAUUAAUCAGAUUUAUGAUGUCGAUAUUGACAGGGUGAACAAACCUUAUUUACCUAUAGCUUCAGGGGAACUUUCAAUGAAAUCAGCAUGGUUAUUGGCCAUAUUUUAUUUAGUGGCUGGGUUGUUGAUUGUUGGAUUAAAUGCAGAGCCACUCGUCACUGGUCUCUAUUGUCUUGCUCUUUUCUUCGGCACCAUCUACUCUGUUCCUCCACUUAGAUUGAAGAGAUUUUCUAUUUCAACAGCUCUUGUGCUUUCUUCGAUACGAGGUGUACUCAUUAAUAUUGGAGUAUAUUAUGCCACUAGAAAAACGACUCUUGGACUUACGUUUAUGUGGAGCCCUGCUCUUGUCUUCAUCACCACUUUUAUAACAUUGUUAUUUAUGGUCGUCGCCAUCACAAAAGAUAUUACAGACAUUGAAGGUGACACGAAGUUUCAAAUAGUAACCUUUGCUGCAAAAUUUGGGGUUAGAAACAUUGCACUCUUUGGCACUGGUAUUCUCUUGCUAAAUUAUAUAGGUGCCAUAUUGGUCCCAAUUUGUAUGCCUCAGGCUUUCAACCGUAACUUUAUGGUCUCUACUCACGCAAUUCUGGCAUUAUGGUUACUUUUACAGGCCUGGAUAUUAGAGCAAGGAAAAUAUACAAAGGAAGCAUGUGCAAAUUUCUACCAAGUCAUUUGGAAGCUUCUUUACGCAGAAUAUAUCAUAUAUCCCUUCAUCUAGAAGAUUAUCACUUAUUCUUCAUCUAAUUUUUUUGUUAAAAUAAAUCAUAUUUGUAAAAUAAAAAAGGCAUCCUUGUGUUUACUUUAACUAUGAUGCGUAAUAAAGUGGCUAAUCUUUUAAAUU